UUUGAAAUUAUACUUUAUUCUUUCUAUAUCUCGAAGGAAUUGGAGUAUAAGAUGAUAGAAGAUAUCAAAAGAUAUUCCUGUUAUAUUCGCUGGAAUUGUUUCUGCAAUGGUUCCGGUAUUUCAGUAAAUGCUUUAUCUCGUAUUAUUACCAAGCUUAAUUGUUUAGAUCGGAAGAAGUUGGAUGCAGAGGAAGUUCUUCUCAAGCUUCAGUCUAAAUUAAGCAAAGCAACAGCUUGUUUGGUGCAUUUGCGAAAACAGAAACGUUUCCUGCAUAAUUGUAGCGCGAAGAUGGUUAGUCAGGAUCUACAUUCUCUGAAUGAGCUGGAGGAGAAGAAGCGUUGGGAGGAGGAUGCUUGGCAUGCUGCUAAAUCUGAAGCUGUAAUUGAAGCUUAG